AUUGACUCAGAAGAGCACCAAACCUUUAUUUAAUGACAAACCGUGUAAGAAAAUUCACCACACAUCAGUUAAAAGCAGCACAACAUCUCUUUAGUUCAGACAUCAUCAAUCUAGCACCUACAGCUGACCGGAAGUUACCAAAAUACCCUUUUCUUCACCGUUCUUGAAUCCCAUUCCUUCAGCUUCAACAACAACAACCAGGUUAAUUUUCACCAUUCUUUAAUCCUGUUGUGUAUGCUAAUAAUAAUCAACAGCAGCCCAGUUUCUGAAACAACUGUAAGAUCCCAAAAGCUUUUUAAUUUUGCAUUUUUAGCGAAGAGUUAAAGUUCAUUUCUUGAUGAUAAAAAUCAGAUCUUUUGUUCUGUAACUGCUUCGUGUACUGCGAAUGAGCGCAGAUAUGAAGAGACUGUACUGGGGUUAUUUUGGUCAUUUGAAUCCCACCUUCAAGAAAGCUGUGAAGUCUUUAUCUGGGAGUUACACAAAAAGUUCAAUUUUUCAAUCUUUAACUGCACUACUCAUGGUUGGUUCAUUCCUCUGUUUUCUUGUAGUAAUGGGGUGCAGCUAUUUUUUCAUGUUACCCUCUACCGAAAAAGUAGUCGAUUCGGAUAAUCGAAAUCGGGAUAGGAUUAGUAUUAGCAAUAGCAAUAGUAGUAGGUCUAGUGAUUUCUUGAACAAGGGUUGCAAUGUGUUUGAUGGAAAAUGGGUAAUCGACGAAACCUACCCCUUGUACAACGCGUCGCAAUGCCCGUUCAUGGAACGGGGUUUCGAUUGUUUGGGCAACGGUAGGAAAGAUCAAGGGUAUCUCAAGUGGAGAUGGAAGCCCCAAAACUGCGAAAUUCCGAGAUUCGAUGUGGGUGCUGUAUUGGAGUUUCUUCGUGGUAAAAGGGUCGUUUUUGUCGGAGACUCGUUGAGUAGAACUCAGUGGGAAUCGAUGGUUUGUAUGCUUAUGAACGGUGUUGAGGAUAAAUCGAGUGUUUACGAAAUCAAUGGUAACGAGAUCACGAAGCAGGCUAGGCAUUUGGGUGUUAUGUUUGGACCGUUUAAUUUUACGGUCGAGUUUUAUCGGUCGGUUUUUCUAGUGCAGCCUGGUUUGGUGCCUAGGCAUUCGCCUAAGAGAGUGAAGGCCGCGUUGAAAUUGGACCAAUUGGAUGAUAUUAGUGGAGAGUGGAUUGAUUCGGAUGUGCUUGUUUUUAAUUCGGGGCAUUGGUGGACGCCGACGAAACUGUUUGAUAUGGGUUGGUAUUUUCAGAUUGGUGGAAAGAUGAAGCUCGGAAUGUCGAUAAAUAAUGCCUUCAGAGUCGCACUCGCCACCUGGCAAUCUUGGGUCGAGAAUUCGGUCAAUCCAAACAGGACCCGUGUUUUCUUCCGAACAUUCGAAUCCACUCAUUGGAUUAGUGGGACCCGUCAAAACUGUAAAGUAACAAUCAAACCAACACACGACGUGAAAGGGAGACAAACGAGCUCGAUAUCUGAUGCAAUAAUUAACGUUGUGAAAAAUGUGCCGAUUAAUGUAAGACUCUUGCAUGUUACUAAAAUGGGUGCGUUUCGGAGCGAUGCUCAUGUUGGCACGUGGAGCGAUAAUCCAACGGUACCCGAUUGUAGCCAUUGGUGUUUGCCGGGAGUGCCCGAUAUGUGGAACGAGCUUCUCUUUUCGUUUCUGCUUUCAGAGUGAAGGAAUAAUUUUUGAAUAUUCUUUUUGUAUUUUUUGUUUUGUUUAUUUUUUGGUUCUUGUUUGAGAGAUUCCUUGAUUCUUGUAUUUGUGUAUACACUAUAGAGAGAGGAACAAAUCACUAAAACACUCUUAUUUAACUGUGUAACAAUAUUAAUAUAUUGACUGCAUUUUUUUAUAUUUUUUUAAAAUAAAUUUGAAAAUCAAGAUUGGAAAA